AUGAAGUAUAUAAUUAUUCAAGGACUCGAUUUAGAUGUAGUAGGCGGAGGAGAGAACAUCGGAAUGGAUGGGAAAUUAGUCGGGAGAGAAGGAAUCGUUGUGGGGAAUGAAGGUAAAGUUGGCAUUGGAAUAGGAGGGAUUGAAGUGGGAAUUGUGGGAAGAGUUGUUUGUGGCAAUGUUGAUGGCAGUGGAGGGAUUGAAGUGGGCAUGGUGGGAAGAGUUGGUUGUGGCAAUGUUGAUGGCAAUGGAGGAAUUGAAGUGGGCAUUGUGGGAAGACUUGGUUGUGGCAAGGUUGAUGGUAACGGAGGUAGUCCCACUGUUGGGAUAGGCAUAUUUGGAAUUUGAGGAAGAGGUUGUUGCUGGAGAAGAUGGCGUGAGGCCGAGCAAGUGUUGAUCGUAAUAGAGGAAGAAAGGCUCACUAAGACAGCAAUGAGAAAAAGCUUGAAUGAUGCCAUUUUGGAUGUGUUGAUGAAUUC